AUGCACAUAGCGCGCUAUUACCUGCUGCUUGUCGCCGUCCUGGCAGCAGGGACGACCCACGCAGCGGCGGACGUGUACGUGACGAAGCUGGACGAUGAGCAGCUGCACAGCCCCGUCAGCGAGACGCUGCACGUCAUUGACGAGUGCGAGUGCCACAUGCGGUGCCAGCAGCGAAGCGGGUGUACCGGCGGCUCCUACGACCCCGUGGCUGACGUCUGCCGCCUCACUGACGGCGACGCGACCACCGUGACCACCCGACCUCUGGCCGGCAGCUCGGCCUUCUUCAAGUUCUCUAACGUCCGGAAUGAUGACGUCCACCUUAUUGACGUCUGGGCUACUGACGUGUGCCAAAAAGCUGGGCUAUUGGCGGGUAAACGUAACGUAACGUAA